AGUACUACGUGCUCCCGAACACAGAUUCGCAUGUACCGCAUCCAUUCUCCAUCUCCGCCCUAUUUUCAUCAGAACCCCCUCUUCUCUCUCUCCGUAUCUAUCUUCACACACCACAAGCACCCACUGAUACUGGGGGGUUUCUACUCCCCGAUUCUCGCAUAUUUGCGAAAAGUUCAUCAGGUGUCUCGCGUUCGUUCUCCAUCAACUCCAGCCUCUGCAAAAGUGAUGAACAACAACGAUUUCGGAUUAGAUCGAGUACCUGAUGGAAUCGAACAGGAAUAUCGAUCGGAACCUAGGGUUUCAGUGGUCGAUGAUGUUGUUGAUAGUAGCUCUGAUGAAAUCCUCAAUGGAGGUAUUAGUAGAAACGUGGGUGUGGAUAUAAUUGAGUCUGAAGAAAUUAGGGUUUUACAAGUUGUUGUGUUUGAUAACUCCGAUAAGGUCGCUGACGGUGGUGAUGAUGGGUCUGGAGGAAUAAGGGUUUUCUCGGAGCAUGGGGAUCGGAAUCGGGGGAGUGAUGUUGAUGUUAGGGUUUCGGGUGGAGAUGUUGACGUUGUGGAGAAUGGAACAUCUGAUGAAAUUAGGGGAAAUGGAAAGGGAAAGUGUAAGGGUAAGGUGAUCGAUUGUAAAGGGAUUAAUGAGGAAAUGAAACCUAGAGUUCGUGAAACAAAAAGCAAAAAUUUGACACCAAGGGGAAGUACUAGUCAAUCCAGUGAUCAGGAUGGUGGGUCUGAGCAAUCUGAGUAUUGGAAAAAAGAAGAUGGGGUUAAUUCCUGGGGAAAGGGCCUUACAGAAGUGAAUUCUGGUGUGAUUGACCAUAAAUUUGAUGCCCGGAAUGGUGAGAUGGAGCAUUCAGAGUCUAGGUUUAGAAAGGGACAUGUUGAAGUGGGGAAACCAAAUUUAUCUCAGUAUGAUCCGAUGCUUUCAGUGUUUGAUGAAUUUGCUGCAAAUGGGAAGGGUAAAGCCGUCAGGUCUGGGCCAUCAACCCUGCUACGGUAUGGAUAUGAAAUAGGUGAUAUGGUUUGGGGAAAGGUGAAAUCGCACCCAUGGUGGCCUGGCCAUAUAUAUAAUGAAGCCUUUGCAUGUUCUUCAGUUCGUCGAACUAAGAGAGCAGGUCAUUUACUGGUUGCUUUCUUUGGUGACAGUAGUUAUGGGUGGUUUGACCCGGCCGAGGUUAUCCCAUUUGAUCCUAAUUUUGGUGAGAAGUCGAGGCAAUUAAAUUCAAAAAACUUUGUGAAGGCUGUGGAAGAGGCAGUAGAUGAAGCAAGCCGGAGAUGUGGGUUGGGCUUGGCUUGCCGGUGCAGGAGUAAAUACAAUUUUUGGCCCACAAGUAUUCAGGGGUACUUUUCUGUUGACGUUGUUGAUUAUGAGCCUGGAGCUGUUUACUCAGCAAAUCAGAUUAAAAAAGCUAGAAACAGUUUUCAGCCCAGACAUAUUCUUGCUUUUAUAAAGCAUUUGGCAUUGAUGCCUACAGUUGAUCAGCCUCUGAGUAUUGAUUAUAUUAAAAAUAAGGCUACUGUUAUCUCGUACCGGAAGGCAGUGUUUGAGGAGUUUGACGAGACUUAUGCCCAGGCGUUUGGAGCCCAACCAGUGCGACCUUCUCAUGGACAGAAAGAGGCAGCACAGCCUGUUAAGGAGCCAUAUAAAGCUCCUCCUAGUGGCCCACAGGUGAUUGCAGAAGCUUUAGGUAAGGUGGAGAGAUCCGCAAAACCAAAAAAAUUCAAGGACCAAGGAAAGAAAGACAAUUAUCUUUUUAAACGAAGGGAUGAACGAGAUGAGUUGGAAACACACCAAAUCAACCUUGGGCUAGCAAGUUCCUCUGUCCACCCCACUAAUGGAGAGGGGUCUUCAGCACUUGCUGCUGAGAAUUACGUCCAGCCCAUUAUUACAGAGAGGUCUUCAACAUCAGCAGCUGGAAAUUGUGUGUUGCAAAAGAGUGUUCCAUUGGUCUCUAGAAAGUCCAAGAUUCCAGGUAAACAUAAACAGACUCGGACAAUCAGUAGGGAUGGUGCUUCAGCUUUGCAUACGGAUGUAACUGUCCAAGGCACUAAAACUUUAGAGGAAAAAUCUUCUGCUGUUAAAUUUAGCAUGAUUGGUUCUCAGGUAAAUGCAAGUAAGGUGGAGUCCUCUGCCAGUAAUGCUGCUAGUUUUCCCAUUGGUGAGAAUGAUACUCCAGCCUACAGCAGUUAUCUCUUCGACCCAAAGUCUUCUCUUGAUAAGGGGAAAGGCACUAGGGUAGAAAUGGUAGAACGCAAGGGAUUGACAACUGGUCCUGCAAGUGUGGGUGCUUCUAAUGUUUCUGGGAAAGUGGUAUUCCCUGGCAUAGUAGAUAAUUUGUCUCGCACUUUUGAGCCUGAAGUUGAGAGGAUGAUCAACUUUAAAGAUGAUCCUGAGAACUCAGAGAAGAUUAAAUUGGACGAAGGUUAUCAGCAAUCUCCAAGUCUACCUACCACAGCCAAAGAAUUGUAUGGACAGAAACAAGUUCAUGAUGGUCACAAGGGGGUGAAGAAGGGCAAAGCUCUUAAACAUACUACUAGGGAAUUGAGUUCAGAUAAAUCUGCCCCAGGGGAGAAAAUGAAGAAGAAGAGAAAGAAAGAGUUGGACACCCAAAUGAGAUCUGAUCUUAUGCAGAAGCAUGCAGCUACUGAAAAAAGUGGGGCAGUGGUGGGGAAAAUAGCUGGAAAAUCGGUAGAAGUUGAGAAGAAGAAGAAGAGAAAGAAAGAGUUGGACACUGAAAUGAGUUCUGAUAAUAUGCAGAAACAUGCAGCUAUUGAAAAAAGUGGCGCCCUGGUUGGGAAAGUAGCAGGAAAAGUGCUCCAAGUUGGUUGGGCUCAUGUAGAUGACUCUCAGGUUGACUGUCACAAGAAAUUUGAUCAGGCCACUAGUUCGUUGUCGCCUGAUUCUGCUAGGAUGGAGCCAAUGGCAAGGGCAGUCAAUUCUGAACUCGAGCAUCUGCAAUUACUGAGUGGUUUGCAAUCUCUUGCUCUCAACCCCUUCCAUGCUGUGGAGAAGAACAAUUAUGCGUUUAUACAGCAGAUUGUUCUGAGAUUUCGGACCCUUGUUUAUAAGAAAAGCUCAGUCCCGUUGUCAGCCCUUGUGACUCAGUCAAAUGAAGAUAAUGCUGUUAAGUUCCCAACUGGUAAUGGGGUUUCUGAUGAUUCUCAGGGUAAGAAUAUUAGCAAUCUUCCAUCUCUGAAACCAUCAAAACCUCUUGACAAGCCUGAUGAUCCGACAAAAGGUGGGUUUAAACGAAGCCCAUCCGACCGUCUUGAAGGAAUGGCUGCAAAGAGGUUGAAGAAAAUUAGUGAUUUAAAAACAUUAGCUGCAGAGAAGAAGGGAGCGCCAAAGACUGAGGAAGCCCCACAGGGUACUGUAAAAGAGAGAGUUGCUCCAACACCAACAAAACCAGUCAAAGCAGAUUCUGCUAAGAAAAUGGAGCCUCCAGCAAUGGCAGCAAACCCCACAACGCUGGUGAUGAAGUUCCCUCCCCAUACCAACCUUCCAUCUGGUUCUGAGCUGAAGGCCAGGCUCGCUCGUUUUGGGCCGUUAGAUCAUUCAGGAACUCGUAUUUUCUACAAGUCCUCAACGUGUCGUGUUGUGUUCCUGCGCAAACUUGAUGCGCAGGCAGCAUACAAACAUCUUAGCGGAAAUAAUUCCUUAUUUGGCAAUUUGAACAUAAGAUGUCACCUUAGGGAAGAUCCAGCACCUGAGUCGGAAUCUGGCAAAGUCCGAACAGAAGACCCUUCUGUGGAGAACCUGCAGUCAAAGGAGACUGCAGUCGACCAAAGGUUGCCGGCAGCACCUGCACAUCAGCCUCGACAACAGCCAGCAGUCCAGCUGAAGUCAUGUCUGAAGAAAUCUACUGGUGAUGAGACGGCCACAGUCCCAGCUAGUAAUGGUGGUAGUAGGGGGACAUCUCGUGUAAAAUUCAUGUUGACUGAUAUGGGUGAGCAAUUGAUGGUUGCUAAUAAGAACAACAAUGGUAUUUUUCCUGAUGGUGCAUCUUCUUCUCAUGCAAUGGAUUUUAAUAGUAAGAAUUUUCAAAACAUCAUUCCACCACCAUCACCGUCACCGCAUGUUGAUCUUUCUAGCUCUCAAUUAGUCCCAAACAAUUUGCAUAAUGCUGAAGUAGUGGCGGGGAUUUCUCGUAAUUUUAACACACCCACCUCUUUGGCUGCACCCAUUGCAGCCAACAUAGACAUUGCACCGCAGAUGAUAAGCCUUCUCACAAGGUGCAAUGAUGUUGUGACCAACAUGAAGGGCUUUUUGGGCUAUGUCCCUUACCAUCCUCUUUGAUGAGAAAUUUGUCAAGAUUGAAAAUGGUUAAUUAUGCAAAGCAAAGGCCGGAAGACAACAUAAAAUGGAAAUGAAUAGAUGGCUCAUGCUCUCCCAAGUCAGAUUCUGUACUUCAAAUCAUGUACCGCUCUCAAUCAUGUACGAACAACCGCUCUCAAUCAUGUACGAACAGAAGAAUUUGACAUGGGGACUUUAUUUAUGGGUUCGUCUUCUUAUACUCUCUUUUGUCUGGUGGGACCGGCUAUAUUUAAGUUUGCUUUACAAAUAAGUAUGCUUUUCAUUGUUGCGUGUCU